ACACCCACUGGUGGUCGAGAGUCGAGAGGAGGAUGGCAUGGUUCGCCUCACUGGCCCUUCUUGGCGCCCUCCACGUAGCCGCCUUGGCGUUCCCCGUCCUCUCGCACCUGGCCCUCUGCCUGCGCCGGCACAAGGACCUCCGACGCCGCUACGGCGCGUGGGCCGUCGUCACCGGGCCAACAUCCGGCAUGGGGCGGUCCACGGCCCUGGAGCUCGCGCGCAGGGGGAUGAACCUCGUCCUCGUCGGCCGCAACCCGGCCAAGCUCCGGGACAUCUCCGCGGCCAUAUCCAAGGCCGCUCCCGCCGUCCAGACCAAGACCGUCGUGUUGGACCUGUCGCUCGUCUCCACCGCUCAGGGCGACGAGGCGAUGCGGCGGCUACGGCGGACCGUGGAGGCGCUGGACGUGGGCGUGCUGGUGAACAACGCCGGGGUGCUGGAUCCCCCCGCGGCGUUCCUGCACGACGCCGGCGUGGAGGCGUGGGUGGACAUGAUACGGGUGAACCUGCUGGCGCUGACCGAGGUGACGGCGGCGGUGAUUCCGGGGAUGGUGGAGCGCCGGAGGGGAGCUGUGGUGAACUUCGGCUCGAUGUCAUCGGAGGCCCUCCCCUCCUUGCCCCUCUACACCAUGUACGCCGCCACGAAACGCUACGUUGCUCGGUUCUCUAAGUGCCUUCACCUCGAGUAUAGAAGCAAAGGAAUCGAUGUGCAAUGCCAGGCACCGUUCUUCGUGACCGGCGCCAUGGCGUCGGGCUUCUCGGAGGCCAAGCUCUUCGCGCCGUUGACGCCGACGCCCGACGACUACGCGCGCGCAGCAGUGCGCUGGAUCGGCCACGGCGCGCUCUGCGUGCCCAACUUGCGGCACCAGAUCGCGUGGUUCAUAGCCUACGUCGUGCCCGACUGGUUGCUCGAGGAGCUCCUCCUGCGUGAGCACCUGUGGCAGAGGAAGGAGCUACGGAGGAUGAGGCCGUUGCCGCGUGCCCCAGCCGGGAGUCGGGACCUAGUAAGCUACACAUGCACCAGCGGCUGCCUCAGUUGAGUGCUGAAUGGCUGCGUGAAGCGGAGGACCCAGGAUUUGGGAAUGAUGAACAUGGCUGAACUCUAACGCCCUUCUCAAUAAUCUACGUAGUUGGGAGAAGUCAUCAGCAUACAUUCUUGCAAGUUCAGUUAAUUUGUCAUUGUCAUAGUUGGCAAAAGAUUUUUCGGAUA